AAAUGUCAUUUUAGGUUAAGUUUGUUUAUUUACGAGCUAAUUUUGUAAAUUAUACUUAAAUAGUUAAUAAAAAGUAUAAAAACCAUGGCUGAUGAGAAGCCAGAGCCUCCUCCUCCAGUAAAACGCUACAGGCGCGAGGAAAAGUCCUCAGAAUCCGAGGAGGACAUCGAUAGCUAUGAACCUUAUGUGCCAGUGAAGGAACGUAAAAAACAACAAUUAAUGAAGCUAGGGCGCCUUGGACAAGUCGCGGCUGAAGUCUCCGCGGAGACUAAAAGCUCGAGUGAGAACGACCCCGAUGAUGAGACGUCUCAAGAAGAAUGGGGUCGUCGCUACAACGUGUCGCUUCUAGACCAGCACAGUGAGCUCAAACGGCUCGCUGAAGCUCGGGCCCUGAGCGCAGCAGAGAGGCAGGCAAGAGAAGAACAACAUAUACUCGAGAGUGUUGCGCAGAGUAAAGCACUUAUGGGCGUAGCUGAGUUGGCUAAGGGUAUCCAAUACGAGGAGCCGAUAAAGACCUCUUGGAAGCCCCCGCGGUGCAUUCUGGAGUUGCCUCCGGAGAGGCAUGAUCGUGUGAGGGACCAGCUCCGGAUCUUAGUUGAAGGAGAGGAUGUACCGCCACCUAUCAGGACGUUUCAGCAUAUGAAGUUUCCUAAAGGCAUCCUCCGUGGCCUUGAAGAGAAGGGCAUAAAGAAACCCACCCCCAUCCAAGUCCAGGGCAUCCCAGCGGUCCUGAUGGGGCGAGACAUGAUUGGCAUCGCCUUCACUGGCUCCGGGAAGACCCUGGUGUUCACACUUCCGCUUCUACUAGUGUGUUUGGAGCAAGAAAUUAAAAUGCCGUUCAUCAGAAACGAAGGCCCCUACGGGCUUAUAAUAUGCCCCUCACGCGAGCUGGCCAAGCAAACCCACGAAAUAAUACAGCACUUCGUGAAACACCUCAAGAUGACCGGUAUGCCGGAGAUCAGAAGUUGUCUCGCUAUUGGAGGAGUGGCGGUGUCGGAAUGUAUGGAGGUGGUACAACGAGGCGUUCACAUAAUGGUCGCGACUCCGGGUCGCCUCAUGGACAUGCUUGAUAAGAAAAUGGUACGAUUAAAUGUAUGCCGCUACCUUUGUAUGGACGAAGCGGAUCGGAUGAUAGACAUGGGGUUCGAGGAAGACGUACGGACAAUAUUCUCAUACUUCACUGGGCAGCGGCAGACUCUACUGUUCAGCGCCACUAUGCCUAGGAAAAUACAGAAUUUCGCCAGGUCAGCGCUUGUCAAACCUGUCACAGUCAACGUGGGCAGAGCGGGUGCGGCGUCGUUGAACGUGCGACAGGAACUGGAGCCCGUAAAGGCAGAAGCGCGAACAGUGCACCUACUGCAGUGCUUACAGAAAACACCUCCGCCAGUUUUAGUGUUCGCUGAGAGAAAACAAGACGUGGACGCGAUACACGAGUACCUGCUGCUUAAAGGUGUGGAGGCGGUGGCUAUCCACGGCGGCAAGGAUCAGGAGGAGCGAUCGCGCGCUGUAGAUGCCUUUAGGAAAGGAGAGAAGGACGUUCUGGUAGCCACGGACGUUGCUAGCAAAGGUCUCGAUUUCGCCAACAUUCAGCAUGUGAUCAACUAUGAUAUGCCUGAGGACAUCGAGAAUUACGUGCAUCGCAUCGGACGUACAGGGCGAGCUGGCGGCGAGGGUGUAGCAACGACUUUACUUGGCCGUGCGGCGGAGAGCAGCGUGCUUAAAGAUUUAGCGCAUUUGCUGAGAGAAGCCGGACAAAAGGUGCCUGGGUUCCUGCUGGACAUGAUCGGCGAGCCCGAUGUGCCGGCGCCCGACGGGCAGGGCUGCUCCUAUUGCGGCGGCCUCGGCCACAGGAUCACAGAAUGUCCAAAACUGGAGGCGGUGCAAAACAAGCAGGCGUCCAAUAUCGGCCGGCGGGAUUACCUCGCCAACACCGCUGCAGAUUAUUAGUUAUAUUUUAUUUGUCAAGAUUUAUUCAAACGUUAUUUGUUUCACAAGGGGACAAAGUGGUUGUUUAACCGCACGUGCCAAUAUUGACACCCGAGCAAGCGAAAGAUUCCAAUAUUGAAC